AUGCACAACACAUUUAUACGUGAUGCUUUUGGCUAUCAGCUUGGCCAAGUGCCGCAGUUGGCAUUUCACAACAUCAUCAGUGCUUCUCUGGCCCUCCUUCUCCUUUAUGUGUUCUAUAAGGUGCUGUACAAUCUCUACCUGAGCCCCCUGGCUGGUUAUCCAGGCCCUAGGCUCUGGGCUAUCUCUCGUCUACCAUGGAAUCGUUACAACAUGAAGGGUCGACCCGUCGUUCGCAUUGCCCCUGAUGAACUUUCAUAUACCACGUCCGGCGCAUGGAAAAAGAUUUACGGACAACGCGAUCCGGAAUUUGUAAAGGCUCUUGACGGCAGAGGCAUUGCGCCCCCAAGCAUCGGUGGCCAACGCAGUUUGAUGACAGAACAUCAGGAUAGACACUUGAGAUUGAGAAGGGCUAUCGAUCCAGCUUUUAGCCAGAGGGCACUGCGCGAUCAGGAGAAAUAUUUUCAAGACCACUCAGACAAUCUUAUUCAAAAGUUAAUGAGCCAGUACAGACAUGGACCGGUCGACAUGACCACAUGGUACAACCUCGUUGCGUUCGAUAUCGUAUCCGAUUUGGCUUUCGGUGAGCCCUCAGGUUGUGUUGACAAUCCCGAUCAGCCAUGGAUACAAGCCAUUCUAGCCCGCGCUAAAGCCAUCGUAUGGUUUCAGCUUGCUGUGCAGUACGGUUUUUUGAAUCUGCUCAACUGGUUGACUCCGAGAUAUGUCGUCGAGUCGAGAAAGAAGCACAUUGCUAUGACUGAGGCCAAGUUGAAGGCUCGCAUCGAAGCUAAAAAUCCCGGAAAGGACUUCAUGUCAUACAUCCUGGAGAACGACGAAAAGCUCAACCACCUCGAACUGAUGAUGCUUUCUUCCAACUUCAUCGUGGCUGGUAGUGGCACAUCUGCAGGCGGCAUGUCUGGCCUGACAUAUCUGCUGCUGCACAUGACAAUGCAGGCGGUGACGGGCUGUAAGUAUCUCCGCGCCUGCAUCAACGAGGGUAUGCGCCUCUAUCCGCCAACCCCAGGGUCACUUCCACGCGUGGUGCCUGGAAAAGGCGAAAUGAUUGAGGGCAGGUGGGUUCCCGGCGGUUAUGCUGUCGGCGUCAAUCAACUUGCAGCAGGCCAUUCAGAGCGCAACUUCAGGCGUGCACGCGAGUUUUACCCAGAACGUUGGCUGGAUGAACCCGACUCGGAGUUCAAAGAUGAUGACCGGUCUGCUGUCCAACCUUUUUCUUAUGCUGUAUUCGAGAUGCAAGUGAAACACCUUGUUCUAGCAGGCGCCUCGCUGCUACUCAUUCGCGUUAUCAAUACAUUCAUCAUCAAGCCGCUGCGAUAUCGUCUCAAAAGCCGUCGACUUGGAUGUGGUUUUGUACCUAUUGAACCGACCCGAUGGCCGCUUGGCAUUGACAGCGUACGACGUGCCUUAAAAGCCGAUAAGGAACAACGGACACCUGAUUUUGUGGCUGCGCGCUUUGAAGCUACGGGCCGCCAUACGUGGGGGCUGUCCCUAUUGGGUACAUUCAACAUUAUCACGGCUGAUCCGCGUAACGUGCAGGCAAUACUCGCGACGCAGUUCGAAGACUUUAUUAUGGGAACGGCGAGGAGAACAAACUUGAAGACGGCUCUGGGGCGCAGUAUCUUCGCUGUGGAUGGCAAGGCGUGGCAGCGCGCCCGGGAAACGAUGCGACCCAUCUUCAGCAGGGAAAACAUUUCCCGCCUUGAGCUGCUCGAAGAACAUGUACAGACUAUGCUCAAAAUCAUUGAGACGAAAGAACAUGGAUUAGCGGGUGAUGACGAAGGCCGAGUAUGGUCGGAACCCGUGAGCUUAGCUGCACUGCUACCGCGUCUAACUAUGGAUUCUGCAACUGAACUCUUCCUCGGGCACAGUACGCAUUCUCUCGAGGCUCUACUGUCAAAAGAAAGGCAGGGAAGUCACAGGAUCCAUGACGGGGAUGACAGCUUCGGCCACGCUUUCGAGCGUAUGUUGGCCAUCUUAGGAGUAAGAAUGCGACUGCGGGGCCUCUAUUGGCUUUAUGGAGACAAGGAACUGAACAGAUGCAUAAAAACACUCCAUGACUUUGUCGACAGCGCCAUUGACGCCGCUGAUCAGGCACGAAACCAAGGCUUGUCACAGCUUCGCUACGACUUCCUCGAGUCACUACGUUCCCGUUGUUCCGACCGAGCAGAGGUACGCGAGCAAGUACUAGGUCUUCUUGCGGCUGGUAGAGACACGACUGCAUCACUUACAGCCUGGGUAUUCUACUGCCUAGUAAGGAGUCCACGGGUAUGCAAAAAGCUUCGGGAGACUAUACUCGCCACCUUUGGCCCCUACUCGAGCACUGUUGAGCGAAAAAUAACAUUUGAGAAGCUCAAGAGCUGCUCAUACCUGCAGCAUGUCAUGAGCGAGACACUGCGGCUUCACUCAGUUGUGCCUUUUAAUUCUCGUUGCACUGUACGGGAUACGACACUUCCCACUGGCGGCGGACCUGACGGCACUCUGCCAGUUUUCGUGCCCAAGGGAACAGAGGUCAACUUCAGCACGCAUGUGUUGCAUCGACGGAAGGAUUUGUGGGGUGAGGACGCUGAUGAAUUUGUGCCUGAGCGGUGGGAAAAGAAGCGACCAGGGACUACUUGGCAAUACAUUCCCUUCAAUGAGGCUGGAUAUGUAUUGGUGCGCAUGAUGCAGAGAUAUGAUUUGAUAGAAGGACUGGAUGUUGACUUGGAGCGCGACUGGCACAACUUUACAAUUGUGUGUAGCCCCGGAAGUCCAGCGGCGAGAGAGGCUGCAGUUAUGUGUCGGCUGAGAUUAGCUAUUGAGUAG